AUGCGGGGAUCUGAGGCAUCGAGGCCCGGUGCUCUCUUCGAUGCUCCCUCGACUCUGGCCACGGCCAUCCGAGGCAAUCCGACCGCCGCUCCCGUCCUUCCAUCUACCGACCAGACCCUGAUCGCCUCCGAUAUCGAACAUGUUUUGCUGGCAAUGUCCCAGGACAAUGGCGGUCUGGUUAGCGUCGGUGGCAACUCAUCGGGUUCGACCGGCAAGGGUAUCCUGAUAGGCGUCCUCUCGGCGUUUGGUUCCGCCGCGGUCGCUGUGCUCGUGCUGGCCGUCUUCUUCUUCUUCAAAUAUACUCAGCGCGGUCGCAUCAUCCUCGAUCGCAUCGGCCGACCGGGUGAAUUCGACGAUGAGCAGGCGUUCGCGCGCGAGGAGGCGGAAGCCUUGGAGGUGAUGGAUGACUUGUCGCGGUCGGAGUAUAUGAGAGCUAAGGCAUUUAUCGAAGCCAACCCCCCCGAGUCGAUGCAAACCGAUAUAUCCUUAUCACAAUUCCUCGCGAUCCAAGAAAAGGGAGUGUCCGCGUGGGAGUUUCAACCGGAGCUGGAAAUCGCCAACUGCUUUGUCGAGGGCCGGACCGAAAUCGAAUUCUAUGACUCGGAAUGCAGCGUCCAGACUAAUCUGCCCGUUCCGAAACAGAAUGACGUCUAUUACUGGGAGGCCAAGGUCUAUGACAAGCCCGAGAACACCCUUAUCAGCAUCGGAAUGACUACCAAACCGUACCCCCUAUUCAAACUACCAGGUUUCCACAAAUCAUCGGUCGCAUACCAGUCAACGGGCCACAGGAGGCACAACCAGCCGUUCGCUCCGACGCCAUACGGUCCGCAGCUUUUACAGGGUGAUGUAAUCGGUGUAGGGUACCGUCCUCGGUCAGGCACGAUCUUCUUCACCCGCAAUGGCAAGAAGCUGGAGGAUGUGGCUCACGGGCAAAAAACGCAGAAUUACUUCCCCACUGUCGGAGCCAACGGGCCUUGUGCCGUCCACGUGAACUUUGGUCAGAUGGGAUUCGUGUUCAUCGAAGCCAAUGUCAAGAAAUGGGGUCUGGCCCCGAUGACUGGCAGUUUGGCGCCGCCUCCGCCCUACGGAAGCGAGCAAGGCAGCAUCCUGCUAGAGUCUGGCCGGGAGAGUGCUGCGCAAAUCUCCCACCGGGUCUAUCAAGACGCCAAUAACGCGCGAACCAGUUCGACGGUCCGCGUUCUGCCGUCUGCCAGCCCUGGUCCGGUGCGGUCCCCGACCGAUAUCUCGCUGGCUCAGCUUUCCCACAUCCCCUCGAACGAAGACGUCGGAGAAGGGUCCAGCCGGGACAAUGGCGGCGACGGCGAGGAAUCUCCCUUGUUGGAUACCGAUGAAGACCUGGACCAGAUCCCACCCCCCGAGUAUUCCAGUCCGGACGGCAGCCGCAGAGGCAGUGAGGACUCGCAAUCUCGGGGCCAGCCCCCGAUACCCAGCUACGCCGCCGCCGUUGGCAACCGUGAGGGCCACCACCCGCACACGGGCGACCCCCGUUGA